UUGUUGUUGAUUGGUCAGCAAGGAGAAUUAUAACCGAAAGUUGCAACGUUAGCUUGAUUAGCAACGGUUGAUUAGAAACGUCUGAUUAUUAAAAACGAGGGCAUAGCGUGUCUUAGACUUUACUAGACAGUCUUUAGGAGAAUAUCGCCUCUGCAGAUAUAUAUGUUUCAAACCAUUUCCAGUCGCAUUUUUAAAAGAAAAAAGAAAUGCGUCGUCGCUUCUACGUGCCUGUUCUGACCCACUUAUUUUAUUUUUAGUAAUCGAAGUUUGCGGUACAGAAUGUAAUUAACCUUUAUUUGCAAAGACUGGCCUGUUAGCCACCGUGGAGCUCGAGCAGCUAACCGCAGAGACACAAUCUGUGUUUCGUACUCUAACCUUUUAGAGGUUCUUGUGCUGCCAGACGAGUCCUGACUGGGUCUGUGAGACUGUGAAGAAGGACAGAUCCUCUGUUACUGCCUCUUCCAAGGCUUGCUGUCCAAACGAGGACCAAGUGAGUUAAAGAGAGGACACUGAUCUUCUUAUCAAGUUUGGUGAUUCAUCAACCUUGAUCUACUAGAAUAUGUGACGGUUUCAAACCAGGAUCGUGAAAAAGUGAAUCCCGGGUGGAUCUAGAAUGUCAGAGAUGGUGAAGGUUGAAGCAGAGGACCCUGGAGGACUCCGUUUGGUGCCCCCUAUACCUGCAGCACCCACAUUAGACCUGGGGGAGAAACAAGACAAAGAUCUCAAGUUUCCAGUAUAUCGACUGUUGAUGAUUAAAGAAGAGGUUCCUCAUGAUGGAUGCUCCAAUUUUGACCAGGUGGAUCCAAAACCCUCUCACAUUAAGGAGGAAAAGGAGGAACAGUGGAUCAGUCAAGAGGGAGAACAUCUUACUGUGAAGAGUGAAGAUGAAGAGAAACCUCAGUUGGCAGAAAUUAUUCGCAUCAAAACUGACGGCAACCAAGACACAGAAGUUUCAACCAGCAGUUCAGCUGAACAGAUGAAAAGAGAAACAGAUGGAGAGGACUUUGGAGAACCACAACCAGACAGAGUCCCAGUUCCAGAGGGUUUUUCUCAGCAAAGUAAGAUCACAGUUCAGAAAAAAAGAAAAAGAUCUAAACUGUGUUUAAUCUAUAAAAGACAAGUAGGAAUUCAAGGUGAUAAACCAUUUGGUUGCGAUGUCUGCGGUAAAAGGUUCAAACGUCGGACUCAUAUUAAACUACAUAUGAUGAUUCACACUGGAAAGACGGAACAUAGCUGUGAUGUUUGCAGUAAAGGGUUUAAAGACAAGACUUCUCUGCUUACACACAUGAGACUCCACACUGGAGAGAGACCAUUUGCCUGUCAUGAUUGUGGUAAAAGGUUUCAUGCAAAGGGAAUUCUUAAAGCUCACCUGAAGGUCCAUUCAGAAGAAAAACCUUUUUCCUGUGAUGUUUGUGGAUCAAAAUUUAAAAUGAAAGCAACUCUUAAAAAGCACAUGCCGAUCCACCUCAAAGAGAAACCAUUUGUUUGUAGUGUUUGCAGUAAAGGAUUUUCACAACAGACUAAUCUUAGUGUUCACAUGAGUGUUCACACAAGUGAGAAACCGUUUAUUUGUAAUAUUUGCAGUAAGGGAUUUUCACUGCCUCAGUUUCUAAAGAGACACAUGUCUGUCCACACAGGAGAAAAAUCGUUUGUUUGCAGUGUUUGCUAUAAAGGAUUUUCGCGACAAAAUUGUCUGAAAAUUCACAUGCAUAUUCACACGGGAGAGAAGCCGUUUAGUUGUUGUAUUUGCAGCAAAGGAUUUUCACGGCCAGCAUAUCUGAGAAAACACAUGAAUGUCCACAUGGUAUGAUUUAGCUGUAAUUAUUGUGGAAAACUUUUUGUAACAAAAAAAAAAUAAAGUUGCUAACAACAUGUAAAGCUCAACAUAGAGAAGAGGUGAUUUUGCCAUCUGGAAAAACUCAGCAAUUGUUUGUAUGCUGUGAAACAUUUAAAUAACAUUCAAAUCCAAAGCGAAGAAUGGACGUUCACGAGGUCAGCAACUAGCAACUAUUGGGACAGCUGACUAACCCAUUUGUAUUCUUCUGGUAUAUUAGGGAUUUUGUUAACCAAUCUCUGCUUUCUGUUGGCACCCCAUCUCCUCUCAGUACUGAUACAUGUUUAACUCCCUAGUUUCCAGGUGAGCAAACCUGUAAAAUUUCAUCCUGGUGGCUUUAAGAUGAACAAAGAAUCACCACAAAGAUAUGGUUGUAAGCAGAAUUCUACCUAAAAAUAAUCUGUACAGGCAACAUAAAAGGAGCAGCAAUGAGAGUUUGUACCAAUAAAGGCAACUAUGAAACAUAAGCAGGUGUCCUGCGACAGAGAUAUGAAAAGAUGGUGUUAGCAGGACUGGAAAAACUGCUUCAGAAAGUUUUGAUAAUGUAACAGAGGAAGAGUGUCUCAUGGUGAAGACUAGAAACCCAAAAAGUCUAAAAUAUCCCACUCCAGCUAAGUAUUCUGCAAAAAAAAAAAAAAAAAAAAAAAAAAAAAAAAAAAAAAAAAAAACAUUGAGGAAGCAUUGGCAUUUUGAUCUAACAUGUACCUUAAACUGAUUUUUUUUAGGAGUCUCCUUAAGUGGUGUUUAAAUAACCUAUAAAUCUACCACAAACUUUAAUACCACCUGACCUUGGUCCUUUAAAAUUGUGACAUUUCGAAAUCUUCAACUGGGAAUUACUGUCUUUUUGUACAUUAAUUUGUUUUUAAAGCUUUUAAUUUAAAAUACAUUUAAAUAAAACGCCAGAACUCUGUGGUUAUUCUUGUUUUCUUUUCAUUUUCUUAAUUUAUGUAAAUCCAGUUUUGUUAGUAGGGCAACUGAAAUAUUUAUCUAGAUGAAGACUAAUUAUUGUUUUGGGAUGAAAAUAACAUUUGCAUUUAUACUUUAACAUUUUUGGCACAUCUCCACAGUUGCAUUGUAUCACUGUGGGGUGUCUAUAGGCAGAUGUGUGUGUGUUUAAUGUUGUCCAAACUUUUUACCUAGGUCUAACUAGGGUUAAAAUGUGAAUAAAAUGUUGUA